GUUCGUCCUCUCAAGUGUCUGCUGAUGUUACGCCCACGUGUAUAAAACAGCCUCACGUCGACAGAGGGAGACACUACAGCCAUGGCUCAAAGCGGCUCUCUGCACAUAUCCGUCGGCAUCCUGAGCAUCGGCGGUGGUUCACUUCUGCUUUUGGUGAAUGGUUAUGGCAGCACUCCUGAAAAAGACUUGGUCCCCCACACUGCACUGGGAAUUCUGCUUCUCAUCACUGCAGCGCUUCUGGCUUACUCAGGAAUCCAUCACAGUCUGUCCCACGGCCGCCUGUUGUCCACCCUGUGUCUCACUGUUUCUGCUCUGUGGUGUGGCUCUGGUCUGGUGUAUAUCCUGGGAGGGCAGAGGGUCAUACAGCCCACACAGCUGAGAUUCGCAUUUGUCCCAGGCCUUGCAGCAUUUAUAUUGGCCUUGCUCAUCAUAGGCAUUGCUGCUGUUGUAGCAAAGAAAGCAGUUCUCUUUCUCAUAGCUGUUGGUAUCUCCUUAGCUUCCGCCCAUCAGAUCGCAGGUCUGACAGCCGUAGGUUUUGGCCUGUAUGCCACAGCUGCUAACUACUUCCUUGUCUGUCUGGUGUGUCUUUACUUUGGUUCUGGACGUCUGCUGUCUGUGAUCACUCACGGUAAAGUGGAACUUCCUGGAACAGGUGCGAAGAAGAAAGCUGAGCUGAAAGCAGAGCAGAACCAGGGGUGUAAUGAUGCCGUGUCAGUGAGUUUGGCGAUGAAUUUAUUAUCUGCGUCUGUAUUAGCCUGUCCCCUGCUAGGUGUGGUCCCUGAGCUCUCUGUCGGUCAUGUCCCCUGGCUGUGGACAGCUGGCGUGUUCCAGCUCGGCAUGUGUAUCCUCUUUUACAGAGGUAUGGACAUGCUUGCUGCCACUUUUUAUGGCUUCACUUCCCUGUUUGCGUUUGCAGAGGGUUACAGUGCCCUGCUGUCAUUUUAUUCCAUUCGGCCUUACUCACCUGUUCCCUUUCCAGUUGUCUUCUCAGUUCUUUUCUUCAUACUGGCUCUGUUCAGUACUCAGAAGGACCUGCUGGAGGGCUUCUACCAGCUAUUCUUUGUCGCCUAUUCUAUUGCUCUUGCAGCCCAGCCUCAAGGCUUUUUCCAAGCAGGCACUCAAGGUGUCCAGGCAGCUAUAUUUGUGGCUUCUGCUUGCAUGCUUUUGAUUACCACCUUUAACAUGGCCUCUAGUACCAAGAUUCCCACAGGGCAGAGCUGUUUCAAGGCUUUAGUUGGCAGGAUGCAGAGCGUUACUCUCAGGGCACAUGACAAAGAAUUGCACACACCUUAUCUGGGCUACUCUAAAUAUGCAGAUGCAGAGGUGUUAGGCCAUGCAUCCAAUGUGCUGGCUACUUUCGCAAUCACAGCCACAGUAGGUAGCCAAAAUCCUCUCUUUGUGCUGAUUCUACCCUGGGUGGUCAUGGCUGGCGGAGCACUGGAGCUGCUGUGCGGCGCAGUAGCCUUUGCUCGUGGUAAAACCUUUGAGAGCACAGUCUUUAUUCUCUAUGGGGUGAUGUGGACGGUGUGGGGGCUGACACGAUAUGGCGGCCUGUAUGGGGAGACCAGAGGUCUUAACAUUGCUGUUGGGAUCAUUACCUUCCUUGUGUUCAACAUUUUAGUGACAGCUGCAGCGUUGUUUAUGAACGUCGCAUGGUUUGUCUACGCAUUUACCUUCCAUCUCAUACUCAUCAGCUUCCUGCUGGACGCCAUGGGCUCGCUGCCUUAUGGCUAUGACAUAGGAGUCACAAUCAUCUUUGGCCUUGUCAGUUUUUAUUUUUUCUUGGCACACAUUUUCAACAGCACCUUCAAGUCUCCUCAGAUCCCCUUAGGAAACCCUAUUAUCAAGCUGACUGGAGCAGGGGGAGGGGCAGCUGUCUGUCCACAUUUACCAGCCCGUAAAGCCACAUCUGUCCUACAGAUUGCAGAAAUCAUGAAAAAUGGCGGCAUAUGUGGAAUGCCUACUGACACCGUCUAUGUGCUGGUGGCUGCUUGCAACAGACCUGAUGCUGUAAUCAAAGCUUACAAGGUGAAGAAGCAGGCAGAGGACCGUCCCAUGUCCAUGUGGAUCUCCUCUGUCAAGCAGCUGGAGCCGGUGCGACACCUGCUGAGCCCUCUGCUUCUGGACUUCAUGGAGGCUGCGUGGCCAUCUUCCAUUAGCAUGGUUAUACCAAGAGGCCCGUGGAUGGAAAUCUUUGGUUUGGGAGAUGCUGCCAAACACAUUGGGACUCCACAAAGCAUUGCUAUCAGAAACCCCGACUGUUCUGUAGCCACACAUCUCAUUGGUUUGGUGGGGCCCAUUGCAGUAACAUCAGCCAACCCCACAGGUGAAGCUGAUACAACUCACCACAAUCAAGUGUAUGCCAAACUGGGAAACAAGGUGGAUGGAGUGUUAUGUGAUGGACCCUCCCCAGAGAACAUUGCAUCUACUGUGGUUGACUGCACCAAGAUUGAAACUGGACAAAUUGGUUUCUUUAGAGUCGGUCUCAUUCCAAAAUCAAAGGUUCUUCAAAUCUUUGAGGAGGUUCAGAGGCGGCACAGACAAGGGCAGACCAAUCCUGCCUUUCAGUAUGAUAUGGAGCUACCACUUACAGAAAGAGACAUUUCAGAAGUGGGAAGCACCGAAGAUUCGGGAAGAGAGUCUGAAAACUCAACACCCUCCCCGCCUUCACUUGAAGAAAAUCCAGUCCUCGGGAAUGGAUCGUAGUUUCUAUGCAUAAUGCCUAAAAUAUGCUGCCAUUUCUAAUAAACCUGAUGUGUAAAGCUGUUAUUAAAUGAGGGAAAUCACAUUGUGGAACUAACUGGGUGAUUUGUAAUGUACUUAAUAAAGUGUUAUUUAUUAUGUUUCCCUUUUGUCUGAAAAUUACAA